UGUUCGACCUCUAGCUUCUCUUAGUACCGUCAUCCACCAAGGACCCCACAGUCCACGCAUACAGAGAAGAAGAGGAGAACCACAUACAUUAGUGCACCAGUUAAAGGGAAAUGAUGCUUGUUUGGUGUGUUUUGACUUUGUUGGCCCUGGUGCCCGUCUCUACAGCUACCAGUCCUGGAGUUAAAGUCAAACUAACUCAGAAGGGGCUUGAGUAUGGUCGGCAGCUUGGAAUUGCCACUCUGCAGCAAAGGUUCAGUACCAUCAGUCUACCAGACCAGAGUGGCACAGAAAAGGUUGUAAUUGGUAAAGUGGAGUAUAGCGUCACAGGGAUUCGGAUUGUAAACCUGGGACUACCCACAUCAACAGUAGAGUUAGUUUCUGGCACUGGAGUUAGGCUUUCAAUUGAUAAUGCCAACAUCAAAGCUCAGGGGAACUGGAGAGUCAGAUACCUUCGGUUCAUAAAAGCCAGUGGAUCAUUUGAUCUGACUGUGAGUGGAGUGACCAUUAGUGUCACCAUUGCAGUAAACAAUGACAACCGUGGUCGCCCAUCAGUCAGCAUGACCAGCUGCACAGCAGACGUAAGGGACGUCGACGUCAGAUUUAGUGGCAGACUCAGCUGGUUGUAUAACCUUUUCCGAUCCUUCAUUGAAAGACCUAUACGCAAUUCUCUGCAGGCACAGAUCUGCCCUCUGGUGGCUAAAUCCAUUCCUGACAUUAACACAGAGCUAGCUACGUUAAAUGUUGUAGCCAAAGUAGACAAGUAUGUUGAGAUUGACUAUUCCAUGUUGGGAUCUGCUCUCCUCUCUAGUGAAUCUAUUGACCUUGGUUUGAAGGGUGUAUUCUACAACAUUGGGCAACGCAACGAGCCUCCCUUUUCCCCCAAACCCUUCUCACUGCCUUCCCAGAACACAAAAAUGCUCUACAUUGGACUAUCUGCCUUCACCGUCAACUCAGCAGCCUUUGCAUACCACAAUGCUGGUGCCUUCAGCUUUGACAUCACAGAUGACUUAAUUGGCGGCUUUAUUUCACCUGAUUCUGACUUUCGUCUGAAUACCGAAACAUUUGAAGCUUCCUUUCCGCAAGUUGCAAAACUGUAUCCGGGCCUGAAGAUGAGGCUGCUGGUUAAGACCGUGAAGGAGCCCAUUAUUACUUUUGAACCCAACAAUGUGACUGUUCAAGUCAGCUCGACAGUGACGGCUUAUGUUAUCCACCAAAACAACACACUAUCACCACUAUUUGUGCUCAGUCUGGAGGCCAGUGCCAGUGCUAAAGUAAAUAUAGCUGGACUCAACCUGAUAGCAAGUGUGACCCUGAACAGAAUUCAUUUGAGCUUAGACAAAAGCUAUGUGGGAAACAUUGAGGUUGCUAGUCCUCAAGAAUCAUCAGAAUUUGACAACCUCUUAAAAACAAUCCUGGAAUUUACAGUAAUUCCCAAGGUUAAUGCUCGCCUUCUGAACGGUGUUCCUCUUCCUGCCAUGGGGAAGAUAAAACUUGUAAACCCUCAACUUGUGGUUGUGAAAGACUACUUAUUGAUUGGGACUGAUGGACAAUUUCUGGGAUAAAUGGUCAAGAAUUUUCCAGACACUAUAAAAACAUUAAUAAGACGAUCAAAUGCAUUUUUGUUGGGUUCAUAUCUGUGAAGAAAAAUAUUCUAAACCAUUCUACCUAUCAUCUUGAUUUUAUUUUCGACAUUGUAUUUUCUCAUAUAUUAUUUUCUUAAAUAAUAAUUUUACUUCGUUCUUUUGUCAUGGGUGUUGGGAUUGUAUGCUUUGGAACAUCAUUGACUGCACUUUAAGUUGUUGUUAGAUUUCCAGAAGGGCUCUCAUAUUAAAUAAAGGCUUGCAUUAACACACGGUUGUGACCGCAUCAUCUUAUUGUAAUAAUACUGUUUUAUUCAUCCUUCGGCAUGUAUUUUGUAUACUUUUUUCUAUGCGGUAACAUAACUUUUUUGGCCUCUUCAGUCCACCCUUUUGGUUAAUUAAGCUGUUGUUUUGGCACCUCUAAUAAACAGACACAUAAAAACUAAUACUGCACUUUAAACAUCAUUCAGCACUAUAACCAACAGCUCUA